CUCAAUUCAAUUUCUUUUAAAUUAAUAAUUGAGUAUUUUAAUUACUACCUAAAAAGUAGGUACAUAUUAUUUAUAUUUGUUCAAUAAAAUUUAAUUUUUGUAUGUAAUUGAUUAUCUUUUUAUAUUAACAAAUUUAUAAAAUUAUAUAAAUCGAAAAAUUGUAUUUUUAGUGUUUAAAAUGAGGUUGACCAUACUUUCAUGUUUUGUAUUACUUUUAAGUUUUUCUUUUUUGCGUAAAGGUAAUUUAAAAUGUUAAAGGUGUGGCAGUUCUUUGUCACGCCCGUACAUAUUAAAACAAUAAAUAUUUGAUUUAUCCUUUGUAGUAAAUGGAAUUCAGUGCUAUCAAUGUUCCACGAGCAGUGAUCCUAAGGGAUCAGAUAAUUGUGGUGCGUACGAGAAAUUCCAUAAAGAUCGACACAUUCCCGUAGAAUGUACCAGUGAUGAAUCUCAUACACCGGGUACAUUUUGUGUCAAAGUAACUAAACAAGGUCUAAGAGGAUUUAUAUGUAAGUUAGAUAGGUAGUCUUAUUUGGUAGUUACAAUUUUUUUUUAUUAUUUGAUACUGUGAUUUUAUAAUACAUGUUUAUAUAUAACUGUCAUUAAUAUUUGUUAUCUAUUAUUUCAGGGGAUGGUCGUUGGAGAAAUGUCAUCCGUCGUUGUGGAUCAGUUUCAGAUACGGGUGUUACUGGUGUGUGCAAUUGGGGAGUUGAAUGGAAUGGAGUUUACUGGGAAGAAUGUUAUUGCUCGGAAGAUAACUGUAAUUCGACCACUAGAAUUACACCAUUUUCGGUUGUAACCACCACAUUAUGUUCAUUAAUAAUCACUAUGUAUUUAAUAAGAAAUUGAUAUUUAUUUUAUUGUAAACUUGUAACAAAUUCCGUCCAAACUUUAAAGUGCUAAGCACUUCACUUUUUAUACAUUUUAUAACUUACCUAAUCAUUAUUUUUAAUAAAUAAACUAUGUUAUAAACAAAUUUGAACCUUCAAUUUUUGAGUUUAUGUUAUAAG